AUGGGCUCUCUAAUCAACCCGAUGGAGGACUCCAACGCCCUCAUUCGGGAGGCCAAAGCCCACAACCGACCUGUCACCAUCAAGAACGGCGGCUACUCGUUCGGCGGUUUUUCGACCACCAACGGCGGCAUCCUGCUAAACCUGUCCAGGAUGAACAAGGUCACGCUCGACAUGACACCCGGUUCGGAGGCAGUCACGCUGCAGGGCGGCGCUCGCUGGGGUCAUGCCUACAAGGCCUUGGUUGACGGUGGCCACAACGGCUGGUUCAUUAACGGAGGGCGCUGCCCUAUAGUGGGCGUGAGUGGGUUCGUCCUCGGGGGCGACCUGAGCCCGUUCACGCGCAGCUUCGGCAUGGGAUGCGACACGCUCCAAGAGGCCACCAUUGUGACGGCCAAUGGACAGAUAGUGAAGGUCACCGACAAGGACGACAAGACCUCGGACGAGGGCAAGCUGUUUUGGGCCCUGUGUGGGGCGGGCGGGGGCAACUUUGGCGUCGUGGUGGAGAUGAAGAUGAAGGUGCAGAAACUGGAGGGUAAAAGUGUGGUCGCCGGCCUGUUCGUCUGGGCGCCGAAGCCCGGGAACAUGGACAGCUUCAUGGCAACCAUGGUCGACUUUUACACGGCAGAGUGGCCGAACCAGACCACGAUCGACAGCUCCUGGCUGUGCGACUUGAACGACCCUCCGACAACGGAACUCAAAGUCCGCUUCCCGAUCCCUCACAACGGCAACAAGGCCAAUUUCGAUGCCACGGCCGACGAAAAUAUCAAGAACCAGGAGCUGGCCAAGCCGCUCAAGCGGCGCACCCUAGAGGAGCUGUCGACGCGAUUCCUGUUUGAGACGCUCGUGUCACAAUGGUCUUUUGAGAACCAGAGCACGCUCUCGUCGGCAACAGGAAAAUAUCGCAUCUACACGUCGGUCGUCCUCACCAACGACAAGCCAACCAUCACGGGGGUCACCGCCUUCAUUCGAAAGCAGAUGAAGGACUUUCGCGACCUCUUCGCAGGGGAGGAGGGUCUGCUCCAGGUCACAUGGAUCCACACCGGCGGAGAAGCGAGCCGGGAGAAAACGACGAGCACCACGGCCUACCCGUGGCGUUCCUCCGUCUACCAUACCUACGUGAUGCUUGAGCGGAAGGAGAAAUGGCUGACCAGAGACAUGAAGGACUUUCUCAAGACGAUGAGCAAUGACCUGAGGAAGUUUUCGGUCAAGGGCCACGCUGCCUUUGUCAACUUCCCCGAUAGCCAGCUCAAGGCGCACGAGGAAGCGUAUUUUGGACCCAACCUGCAGGCGUUGCGCGAAGUAAAAAAGAGGUGGGAUCCCGACCACUUCUUUGAGUGGCACCAGGGGGUCAAGCUCCCGCAGCAGACCCAGACGAUGGCGACGAGAGGAGCAUCCCGUGGUGCAUCGAGUACGGAGGAGACUUUCGAGUCUGUGGUGGACGAAGAUGUCGAGGAGGAAGACGAAUCAUAUGAUGAGUUCGUGGGUAAGGCCCCAACCGUGUUCGCGGCGAGGAACGGGUACGAAGGCAUUGGGGCCUUGUCCUUGGCCGACCUGGGGUUCUAA